GUGAGAAUCAUAUUUGAUUGACAUGGAUGUAAAACAGCAAGAUAAUCAACCAAUACAAAAUCAAUUCGACGUCAGCAAAAUAUGUCGUACGUGUCUAACAACAAAAGGAGAAAUGCAAUCAGUUUUUCAAGUUGAUGAUUCAGUCAGUCAAACCAGAUUAGGAGAAAUGAUAAUGAGCUUUACAAAUAUACAGAUUUCACCUGAAGAUGGUCUGCCACCUACAGUAUGUGUUCAAUGUGCACACCAAGUUAAUUGUGCUUACUCCUUUAAACAACUUUGUGAACAAUCUGAUAGUAGUCUGCGUCAAUAUUUGGGUAAACCUUUGAUAAGUAAUAAAACAAUUAAACAAAGUGACAAAUCACAGAACACAGAUUUUUAUUCUUCUACUCAACUACUUGAUAAGUUUGAGUUGGAUAACUCUUUAAAUGAUAGCCACUAUUCCUUAAAACAUGAUUUUCCAAUUGUGGAAACAGAAGCUGUUAUUUCAUCAACAGAUGAAAAAAUUAUAGCACAAAAGCGACUUUUGGUAUCAACUAAAUCGAGUAAUGGAAAAUUAUCUAAGAAGAGACUAUUUGCGAAACUUUCAUUGAAACCAGGUGUUAUAAAACAAUUGAAACGUAGCUGUCAUCAAUGCAAUGUUUGUAAAAAGCAAUUUAUUAAUCUCAAAUCAUUUCGUAAACAUCUGCGAACACACAUGGAAGAUAGGCCUUAUAAUUGCAAACUUUGCCCCCGGAGUUUUACAGAAGAAUAUUAUUUAAACAAUCAUAUGAGAAUACAUAUGCCCGAUGAACAAAAACCACAUGAAUGUGAAAUAUGCAAAAAAAGAUUCAUUCAUGCUACUCUUCUAAACAAGCAUAUGCUUAGACAUACUGGAGAGAAGCCGUUUGUCUGUAACAUUUGUAACAAGGGAUGUUAUGCUGAGAAUAGUCUAUUGAAACAUAUGAAAAUACACGAAAAAAAAGAAGGUGAUCCUGCUUUACUCAAACAUAUUUGUGACUAUUGUAGAAGUGAGUUUGCUGAUGCAACAACUUUAGAUGCUCAUAUUAAACAACACACUGGAGAUCGGCCAUUUCUCUGUACUAUUUGCGGAAAAAAUUUUCCCCAGCGUUUCAAUUUGGAUCUACAUUUACGAACACAUACAGGUGAAAAGCCAUUCAUUUGUGAAAUAUGUCAAAACGGUUACGUUUCAAAAAAUAGUUUGAAAAUUCAUUUAAGAACUCAUACAGAUGAGCGUCCCUUUGUUUGUGACUUCUGCGGAAAAGCUUUUAGACAGUCGGGGGACUUGACCAGCCACAAAAGACUGCAUGGAACUGAAAAACCAAUAGAGUGUUCAGUUUGUCAUAAACGAUUCACCACAGAAGUGAAAUUAAAGUAUCAUAUGCGAAUCCAUACAGGAGAGAGACCUUAUGUUUGUAGUGUAUGCAGUCGAGGCUUCACCGUGAAUAAUACUCUUUUGAGACAUAUGAGAGUCCAUACAGGAGAGCGACCAUACGUUUGUGUUACAUGUGGGAAAGCCUUUUCGCAAUCUUUUAGUCUAAAUACUCACAUGAAGGCAUGUACACAACCCAACGUUGCAUAAGGAAGUCGUCAAGAAAAGUUAAGCAAUUAUUAAAAAUAACUAAAUAAAAUUGUAGAGGCAAUUUUUCAAGUCAGCAUGUCGCAACCCAUGGCACAAUAUCUAAAAGAAUGUUAAAAAUUGAUUGAAUUGAAAAAAUUCUGAACAGCGCUAUUCCAGUAUAUAAACACGCCGUAAUUCAUGAAAUGAAGUGAAUGAAGGGUAUACCACCUUAAUCCUUAAUAUCUGUAAAUAUGUAAAAAAUAAAUUAUAUUAAUUAGGA